GGUACGAUGUUACAAGCCAUUGAGAGAUACAUGAAGCAAGCCAUAGUGGACAAAGUCCCCAGCGUGUCUAGUUCUGCACUGGUGUCUUCCUUACACAUGAUGAAGAUCAGUUACGAUGUAGUCAAACGGUGGAUCAACGAAGCUCAAGAAGCAGCUUCUAGUGACAAUGUCAUGGUGCAGUAUCAUGCUUUGGGGCUGCUCUAUCACCUUCGAAAAAAUGAUCGCCUUGCGGUUUCCAAGAUGCUGAAUAAAUUCACUAAAUCUGGACUGAAAUCCCAGUUUGCCUACUGCAUGCUGAUCCGAAUUGCGAGCAAACUCUUGAAGGAAUCUGAAGAGGGCCAUGAAAGUCCGCUGUUUGACUUCAUCGAGAGCUGUCUGCGGAAUAAGCAUGAAAUGGUUAUUUAUGAAGCUGCUUCUGCCAUCAUCCAUCUCCCGAACUGCACGGCCAGGGAGCUGGCACCUGCUGUUUCAGUGCUGCAGCUUUUCUGUAGUUCUCCUAAACCUGUCUUGAGAUAUGCAGCUGUACGGACCCUUAAUAAAGUGGCCAUGAAGCAUCCGUCUGCAGUCACUGCCUGCAACCUGGACCUGGAAAACCUCAUCACUGACUCCAACCGCAGUAUCGCUACCCUGGCCAUCACCACCCUGCUGAAGACAGGCAGUGAGAGCAGCGUAGACAGGCUCAUGAAACAGAUCUCUUCCUUCGUGUCAGAAAUAUCAGAUGAGUUUAAGGUAGUGGUAGUACAGGCUAUCAGUGCUUUGUGCCAGAAAUACCCUCGGAAACACAGCGUCAUGAUGACCUUCCUCUCCAAUAUGCUCAGGGAUGAUGGUGGCUUUGAGUACAAGCGAGCCAUUGUGGACUGUAUAAUCAGCAUCAUCGAGGAGAAUCCUGAGAGUAAGGAAUCAGGCUUGGCUCACCUCUGCGAGUUCAUCGAAGACUGCGAACAUACUGUCCUAGCCACAAAAAUCCUGCAUCUGCUGGGGAAAGAGGGGCCGAGGACUCCAUCCCCGUCCAAGUACAUCCGCUUCAUCUUCAACAGGGUGGUGCUGGAGAAUGAGGCCGUGAGGGCUGCCGCUGUAAGUGCACUAGCAAAGUUUGGUGCCCAGAAUGAGAAUCUUCUUCCGAGCAUCUUGGUGCUUUUGCAGAGGUGCAUGAUGGACAGCGAUGAUGAAGUUCGGGACAGAGCAACGUUCUACUUGAAUGUACUGCAGCAGAGACAGAUAGCACUGAACGCUGCCUAUAUUUUUAACGGGUUGACCGUCUCUGUUCCUGGGAUGGAGAAAGCCCUGCACCAGUAUACACUGGAGCCUUCUGACAAACCUUUUGAUAUGAGAACAGUUCCGCUGGCUACUGCACCAAUCUUUGAACAGAAAGCAGAGAUUGCCCUGGUGACCACCAAGCCUGAGAAAGUUGCACCUUCACGUCAGGAUAUAUUCCAAGAACAACUGGCAGCCAUUCCAGAGUUUAAGAGCUUGGGUCCAUUAUUUAAGUCCUCGGAACCAGUGCAGCUCACAGAAGCAGAAACAGAGUAUUUUGUUCGUUGUAUUAAACACGUGUUCACAAAUCAUAUUGUUUUCCAGUUUGAUUGCACAAACACGUUAAAUGAUCAGCUGUUAGAGAGAGUCACUGUGCAGAUGGAGCCGUCGGACGCUUAUGACGUGAUCUGUUGCAUCCCAGCGCCCAGCCUGGCUUACAACCAGCCGGGCAUGUGUUACACCCUCGUCCAGAUUCCCCAGGAUGAUCCCACUGCAGUUGCUUGUACUUUCAGUUGCACAAUGAAGUUCACUGUUCGAGACUGUGACCCGAACACAGGCGUGCCAGAAGAGGAUGGCUAUGACGAUGAAUAUGUGUUGGAAGAUUUGGAGGUGACUGUGUCUGAUCACAUUCAGAAGGUUUUAAAGCCUAACUUCGCCGCUGCCUGGGAAGAAGUGGGAGAUGACUUUGAGAAAGAAGAAACCUUUGCGCUUAGUUCCAUUAAAACCCUUGAUGAAGCUGUCAAUAACAUCAUCAAGUUUUUGGGCAUGCAGCCCUGUGAGAGAUCAGAUAAGGUGCCAGAGAGCAAAAAUUCUCACACACUCUACUUAGCUGGUGUAUACAGAGGCGGCUGUGAUGUGCUGGUAAGGUCCAGGCUUGCGCUGGGAGAUGGCGUGACCAUGCAGGUGACGGUUAGGAGCAAGGAAGAAACUCCUGUAGAUGUCAUCCUGGCUUCUGUAGGCUGAGCGUUACAGCACGUCGACCGCGGUGGAAAAACCUCCUUUGCAAGCACCGGUUGGAUAUUUACCAGCUAUCAAGCAGCCUGUCUGUCCUUCUGCAUGUAGUUUUUAUUCCUCAGUUUGGUAAAUAUUUUGUAUGAUGUUACAGUAGUGGCAAUAGUGGCUGGCUGGUACUGAGCCUUUCCCAUGUCCCUUCCUUCGUUGUCACUUACACAUUCCCAUCUAACUUAUUGCAUCUCUGCCCACUUGCAGUAGAGCAGGGAAGAGGAAAAGAUGCAGGUGGUAAGAAAACGGAAUCAGACUUUUUGUCAAAACUGAUUUUUUUAUUAACAGAAAAUAAACACUGGUGGUGGAAUUCAUAUGAAUUACUGUUAAUAAAAUAGAAAUUUCUUGUUCUA